UAAAACACUGUCUGAAUGUGAACCAUCCACCUCAGAUUCACUCUGCCUCUCGUAUUUAUUUUGCGACUCCACGCAGAUUCCUUCUCAUCGACACAUGUAACUGAUAGCAUUGUGAACCUUCCAGUUGGGACAGAAGCUACCUUCACAGAAUCGAACAGCGUGGUUCGACCUCUUUCUACUCCAUGCCUCUCCGUUAUCUCCAGUGCGUUCGCUCGUCUGCUCUGAAAAGUUUCGGUCGUGAGGAUAAAAGGACAUCUUGGAUCUUCAAAGGGAUUGUUUUUAACAACGGAAAAAGGAACUUCAGCAUGACUUUUCAGUGAGAGAGUCCCCAUAUCCAACACGACCUGAGGUUUUUUACACGACCUGAGUUUUUUUUUGCCACACAAACCUUCUGUCCUCGGCAAGCCAUAGCGCCUGAGCUUCUCCUGUAGUGCCGUUGCCCACUUCACCCGCCACCAUAAACCCCACACUGUCCACCUUCCUCCCCUCCUCCCUUGUGCGCUCACCCCCUCCCCUGCACCCUCCUCUUCCGGGCCCUCUACCAGACUCCAUCAUGGAUCUGCACCGGGCGGCCUUCAAAAUGGAGAGUUCCUCCUACCUGCCCAACCCGCUGGCCUCGCCGGCGCUCAUGGUGCUGGCGUCCACCGCCGAGGCCAGCCGCGACGCCUCCAUCCCGUGCCAGCAGCCGCGCCCGUUCGGGGUGCCCGUCUCCGUGGAGAAGGACGUGCACCUGCCCUUCAACAACGGCUCCUACACCUUCGCCUCCAUGUACCACAGGCAGGGCGCCGUGCCGCCGGGCUUCCCCAACCGGGAGUUCCCGCCCUCGCUGCUGCACCUGCACCACCAGUUCGCCCCGCCCAACCUGGACUGCUCGCCCAUCAGCAUGCUGAACCACAGCGGUGUGGGAGCCUUCCGGCCGUUUGCGUCUCCGCCGGAGGACAGGGACGCUGCCGCGGCCGCGGCCGCCGCAGGAGGCUACCAGUCGGCCUUCACCCCGGCCAAGCGCCUGAAGGGCUGCCUGGAGGCCGACGCCUCCCCUCACCUGCGCUACUCGGACGCCGAGGGCAAAGAGUAUGACUUUGGGGGCGGUCAGAUCCCCUCUGGUUCCCCCAGCGCGAUGAAGGCCGUGGAGGACGCCAGCAAGAAGAUUUUCGCCGUGUCGGGCCUGCUGUCGGACCGCGAGACCUCCUCCAGUCCCGAGGACCGCAUUGAGCGCUGUGAGUACCGACACCGUCUUUAUGUCCAUGUGCCCGUUGUGUCCAACACAUGCACCACAAAUCGCAGGAGUAAUGCCUGCCAUUAA